AAUGCGUAGCCAUUGUUGGUGCUGCGAUCGUUAGUUUCUAGAUCCGAGAUCGUCAUGGGCCCGAAGAGUCAUCCGACUGCGCGAGGUCCUAGGAAAAUGUCGUCGGACCUUGGGACGGAGGAUCUCUAGGAUAUUGGCGCUUCAGAGUGGGUCUGGCGAUCGCAAUCGAGAGGGUGGUCGAUCCGCGUCGGUUCUUCGCGUAUGCUCGCGCUCGCGCUCGCGCUCGCGCGAGUGAGAGUGAGUGAGUGACACGGUGGGGCACUCGGCUCGGCGCGGCGGCCAUAACACCGAUCAACCAAACUAGCGAGCAGGGAGAAAGCGUAGUGCGAGUGUCCGAGGCGUAGUGGUAGUGUUUUUGGUCGAAUUCCCGAGAAAGUGGACUUCCAGUGAUCAGAUGUUGCUAAAGUCGCAAGUCUUGACUGGAGGCACGGCGAAUAGCAGCGGCGUACAAGGCUGACAUUCGAGUCGCUACCAUUCGGUAGGCUCGAGUAGUGUUAUGCUUCCUCGGUACCGAUUUCCCAGGUUGCAGCUCAAUCGUCUUGGCAAGCAAUCGGCAAGGUGCCAUGCUCGGCACACGAUACAUCGUUGCCAAUUCGGUUGUUGAUGAAGCCUCGUAGCAUCGAGCGACAACGUAAAGCAGUUACCUGCUGCGUAGCAUUUAUGUACCAUAUAUGUCGGUAAGAAACGAAACCAAGAUGCAGCAGGUGGACACAAUCUCGCAGAAUAAUUCGUUAGAUGUGGAGGAGCGAGAAAGGCUGUGUAAUAUACCGAAGACAAGUGCACCUGGCAAAGCAUCGACCACACCGGCUGCUCCUGCGAAGGAACCACCUCCACGAGAAGAGCCACCGGUGGAGCCUGUCAACGGUGUGGUGCAGCCACCAGUUGUACCACCACCAAAUCGACCAGGACGCGUUACCAAUCAAUUGCAAUUCCUGCAGAAGGGUGUACUGAAGCCAGUAUGGAAGCACCAAUUCGCUUGGCCCUUCCAGCAGCCUGUCGAUGCGAGAAAGCUCAAUUUGCCAGACUACCACAAAAUCAUCAAACAACCAAUGGAUCUGGGUACAAUCAAAAAACGCUUGGAGAACACGUACUAUUGGAGCGGGAAGGAGUGUAUACAGGACUUCAAUACUAUGUUCACCAACUGCUACGUUUACAACAAACCGGGAGAGGACGUCGUGGUCAUGGCUCAGGCGCUCGAGAAAUUGUUUCUUACGAAGGUUGCACAAAUGCCGAAGGAAGAGGUGGAGCUCGACCCACCUGUCCCGAAAGGACCGAAGGGGAAAAAAGUCGGCAGAGUAGGUGGACCGGCUGUCGGGGUUGUAGGAGGUACUGGAAGCACCGGUCGGGGUCGACCUUCUUCCGGAGCUGCUGCCGUCAGUUCGAGCGUUCCAAACAGCUUGACACCUUCGGCAACUUCCGCUGGAACCACCGGUGUCAUACCUAUGCCGCCCCUCGGCACUCAGGCGCCUGCUUCCGUGCCCGGAAGCACGAACACCACCACCAUUGCUCCACCACCAUCCAGCAUGGGGGUGGCGCCUAUUGUUACUCAUAACUCCCUGCCACAACAAGUUAUCCCUCCGACCACUGGCUACCAUGCACAACCUGCGAUGGAUCCCCAGGCUGCCUCCGCUGUACCUCCCCCUCCGCAAGUUCCCACUGCCCCUACCGUUAUGCCGCCUUCUCAACCAGCUAAACUUAAAAAGGGAGUGAAGAGAAAGGCUGAUACUACGACGCCUACCGCCAAUUCGUUCGAACCCCAUUACGCGCCCAUUGACGCCAAAAACGCCAAGAUCCCUACGAGACGAGAGUCCGGGAGGCAGAUUAAGAAGCCGACGAGGCAAGCCGAAGAUGGCCUGGUGCCAUUCCAUCAGGCCAACAUGCCCCUGAUGGGAGCCAUGGCCCAACAGCCGCAGCACACUGGUGGAAAAUUCAAAGAGAAACUCUCGGAAGCUCUGAAGUCUUGCAACGAGAUACUCAAGGAACUCUUUUCCAAAAAGCACUCGGGUUACGCGUGGCCCUUUUACAAACCUGUCGACGCGGAGCUUUUAGGCCUUCAUGAUUAUCAUGACAUCAUAAAGAAACCCAUGGAUCUUGGUAGUGUAAAAACAAAAAUGGAUAGUCGCGAAUACAAGACGGCGCAGGAAUUCGCGGACGACGUACGGCUAAUAUUCACUAAUUGCUACAAGUACAAUCCCCCUGACCACGAUGUCGUUGCCAUGGCCAGGAAGUUACAAGAUGUAUUCGAGAUGAGGUACGCAAAAAUACCGGAUGAGCCAGCAACUGGAAUGGUUGGCAUAAAAGGUAGCAGUAGUAGUGCGAGUAGUUCAGCAUCCGAAAGUUCUUCCGAGAGCGACGACUCAGAGGCGGAACGUAACCAAAAAUUGGUGGCGUUGCAACAAGAGCUCAAAGCUAUGCAAGAGCAGAUGAGAAAACUAGUGGAGGAGAGUGGGAAGAAGAAGAGUAGGAAGAAGAAGUCGGACAAGCCGAAGUCGAAACCUAUGAGCAAUAAAAGUGCGCCCCUGGUCGCCAGCCACAGUGGUGCCAUGAAAGAACUUAUGAAGCCGAGUGGUGGUGUUCCAAGUGUUUCCGACAGUGUCGGUGCUAGUAUAGCAAGCGUGGCAAUGGGUGCCGGUGACUUGAAAAUGCCCGGAGGCAUGGGUGGUGAUCUCCAUCAUCCAGCGAUCGCAGUUGGCCCUAAUAAGACCCAUACUGCUGCUGGACUGGGUCACCACUUACCCACUGCGACCAACGCGAAACCCAAGGGCAAGGGGAGAGGACCUGGAAAAGCUGCCGCGGCUAAUCCCGUCAACAAAAGGCCCAAGACGAACAGUAGAUCUACUGGGAACAAAAAGAAAAACGCCAGCAACCAACCAGCUCCUAUCACGUUCGACUCGGAGGACGAGGACAACGCUAAGCCGAUGUCUUACGACGAAAAGAGACAGCUUAGUUUAGACAUUAACAAACUGCCCGGAGAUAAAUUGGGACGGGUCGUGCACAUAAUUCAGUCUCGUGAGCCCUCGUUGAGGGAUUCGAAUCCGGAUGAGAUCGAAAUUGAUUUUGAAACGUUGAAGCCAUCCACCCUGAGGGAGCUGGAAAGCUACGUCGCUUCCUGCCUCAGAAAAAAACCACGUAAGCUCUAUUAUAAAAAAGUAAGCGGCAAAUCCAAGGACGAGCAGAUCGCGGAAAGGAAACAAGAGCUGGAGAAGAGGUUGGAAGAUGUGUCGGGGCAAUUGGGCAAUGUCAAAAAGGCUGCAAAGAAAGAGGAUUGUAGUAAAUCCGUGGACGUGGUCGGCACCGGCGGAGCCAGUGGUCCGACGAGGUUGUCGGCGUCUAGCAGUAGUAGCAGCGACAGCGACUCCAGCAGUAGUUCACUAUCAUCAAGCUCCAGCGACUCGAGCGACAGUGAAGCAGGAAAUACGACCAAUCGGCCUCCUAGAAAGAAAACCAAGAAGACGGCCCCUGGUGCCGCCGCCGGUGCGACCAACUCCGUCACUCCGGCCGCUCCCGCGCUUAACCAUGCCUCCGGAGGAGGACUGCUCGCAAACGGUCAGCCAAAUCCGGCAAAUCCUGCGGCUGCGGUCAAAUCAGCUACCACUGCUCAACCUGGGAACGGACCAACCGAUCCAGGUGGAAACGGCAACCCGCAGGCGGUCGCCGUGGCAGCGGUUACGGGAAACCAGCAAGGAGUACCAGUCGCGAGUCACGCAUCGAUGCCGGCGCAGCCGUCGAGGCCCAGCGCCAUGGCGACGGCCGCGCCGCCGAAAAAGCCGACGCCACCGCCGCCACCGCCGCAAUCGCAACCCCCAUCAGUGCAGAGCGCGGGGGUAGGGACGGUGGCGCCCUCGGCGGCAGCGGCAACAACGACACCGGUGCAAGUGUCAACCGCGACGGUGACGGCUGUACCAACGGUGCAGACGGCGACCUCGAAUCCGCCGACGCCCUCCGUCUCGGUACCGACGCCACCCCCUAGCGUCACUCCCACCAACACCAGCUCCAUGGUCUCCUCGCCCGUCGUACCUCAAGCCUCUCAGCCACCAACCCCCGUUGGAUCCUUUCCGAACGCAAACCCUACCUCGGGGCCAGCGGACGGAACGGUCAUGAAUCAGCAGGCUGAGCUGCUGCAGCCCUACAAUACUCUAGCAACCGUGCCGACAACCCAGACGGUUCUGGAGCAGACUUUGUCGAAUCUGAAGAAGGAGCCACACAUACCCAUGAUACAGACAGCCCACGGGACGGCGAACAACUCGAACCUGAAUCUGCUGUCGGAGUUGAAGAACCCCGUCAACAUGAUGGCCGCUGGCAUGCCGUCGAACCUCAACCUAAGCAACUUGAACAUGGCGAACAUUAACAUGAACCUUCAGCAGGGCCUCGCCCAACAUAUUCACACCGCCAUGCACAACCCCCUGGAGAACAUGAUCAGCACCACGUCGCCGUUGUCUAACAUUCAAAACACCCAUAACGUCACUAUGUCUCAGCAGCACUCGAACGGGUUCACCGCCAUCAAGAGAGAAAACUCGCCCACGAACAUGCUCAACAACAACGGAGUGCCUGCCCUCAACAUGGGCAUGAACAUGAGCGGGAUGGGGAUGGGCUCCAUCUUCGAUCCUCUGCCCAUGGUCUCCAUGCCCAUGCAGAUCCCGCAGUUGCCUCUUAAGAAGGAGGAGAAACCCAUGGUGAUGGCGCAAGCUCAGAUGCCCCAGAAGACCCUCGAUGCGGGAGCUCUUUUUGCAGAAAUGAGUGCACUAGGGAUGCCUCAGAUGAGCAACCACUCCGGGACCCAGCUUAUGGUUGAGAAGAAGAUGACGCCUCCUGAUUCCAAGAACCCUGCAGCUAAUUUCGCCUCGGCCUUUAAGAACAAGACGGUGGAACAGAACGUGAAGAACGCUUCUUCGUGGUCGUCUCUGGCCCAAGCUUCGAGUCCACAAUCUGCGGCAGGAAGCAGUAUGAAAAGUGCGGCUCGAGACUCGUUCCAGGCCUUCAAGAAACAGGCCAAAGAGAAGCAGGACAGGCAAAGAGCGUUGCUGGAACAGCAGGAGCUGCGGAGGCAGCAGAAGGAGCAGGCAGAGCGAGAGAGGUUGCGCCAGGAAACGGAGAGAAGAAGGGAGAGAGAAGAGGAAGACGCGCUGGAAAAGGUGCGGAAAACGGUGGCCGAGCAGCAGGGAACUACAAUGUCCGCUCCGGUCAGAGCUGAAGAGGUCAAACCAGCACCGGACACGGACAGUGGAAGUCCAAGUCAGACUUCGGGACAGGACAAGGCCGCCGCCGAGAGAGAGCGACAGAGGCUACGGGAACAGGAGCGUCGUCGUCGAGAAGCGCUGGCUAACCAGAUUGACAUGAACAUGCAAAGCGAUUUGAUGGCUGCGUUUGAGGAGUCGUUAUAAUGUUACUAUUUGCUGCUCAUUAUAUUCCCACUGAAACCGGGCGGGACUUGGAUGAAUAAUGGCGCUGGACAAUGCCGCAGAAUCGUGUUGUAACAUAGUACGCAAUGUCGUCGAGGGUAAUCGUACAACUAGAGGUAAAAAAAAGUCGUACCCUCUAUCGUGUACAAUCGGUGCAAAGACAACGGUGCAGUUGGGACAUUCCGACGGAAUCGAUCAAUGGCGGAUCUAAGAGGCAGAGGGUGAAGAAUUUGAGAUAAAAUUAGAGAGAGAGAGACAAACGGGAUCUAGAUCGCUCGACCGUCGAAAUCGGGCAGCAAAGACUCAUUUACGAAGUUACAUCGUAAAGGACGGACACCUGAGUGUGACCAUGUAAUUAGAUAAAUAUUUACGAGAAAUACUACUACAAAGUUACUGGACGUUGCGUUCAACUUUUUCCGGUUUUCAUAAGUUUGUACUUUAUGUAAAUUUGAAAACACACAAAAAUAUCGCAAAUGAUAAAAGUGAGAUAGGGAAGCGAAUGUUCAUUACGGAGAGAGAGAGUCGCCAAGGACAGGGAAGAGAUGCAACGAAAGGACGAGGAUAGAGCCGCAAGAUGGAGGAAGAGAGCGAGAGAGACCGCGCGAUAGACCUCGCCGACAGCUAGAGAGCGAAAGAAAGAGUGCGCGCGCAUGAACGAGAGAAUGAAAGAGUGACGCGAGAAAAUGGGGACGAGUGAGAGAAAGAGAGAAUCUGCGUGCAUGCGUCGAUUGAGAAGAGUCGUGUACAUUUAGUUAAGUUUUAUAUUUUUCCACAUUCAGUCAUUAAUCGUUGGUAGGAUUACGUAGAUACAUUGUUCUGCCAAUAAUACCUACGAUUCACUUAGCUCUAUUCUCAAACUAAUGAUUUCAGUACAGAUUUCUUUCGUAAAUUACGACUAUUAAUAUAACUACGUGUAAUAACGAGACAUAGGUAGACGCGUUAAGUCAAUAACAUUUAAACGACAAAGAAUAUACCUAAAAGCGAGUAUACAAGUUGAAGUUAAAUCGGAACUUGGCCACGGGACGCGAUCCGUUCGCCGGUUCAUCUUAGAACAAAGUCGUCAAUUAUUACAAGGAUAACGAUAAGGUAUAGUGUCAAGUAGUCUCGAUCUCUCGUCCUACCGUUAUCGUUCAUUGAAGUACCUAAACCAUGGUACGAUGCGUCAGGUGGAAGACAUUGCGAGCGCGUUUUAGGUUGCGGUGCGUUAUAGCAUGUCAAAUCGGUACACUGGGAGACAUCAAUGCCCUCCCAUCCUGCACAGGCGAUGUCGUACCUGCAGGGCAGGCAU